UCUAAGUCACGGACCUCCCCUCCCCUCCCCAUUACAAAGAAAACCAGAAUCCGUGCACCAUCUAUCGACUUCCCACCUUAUAUAAACCCUCAUAUCCAUCCCCCUUUCCACUUUCUCACAGAGCUUAAACCCCAUGUCCAUGUCUUCCUCUCUCUCUACCCUCCCUCCUGAUCUGAUAGGCCAAAUUCUUAGCCGUUUAGAUGGUCCCUCUCUUGCUUCUGCCUCUGCAUCCUCCUCUCUCCUGCACUCCACUGCCCUCUCUCUCUCUCUCUGGAAAAACAUCUCUCUAUCUCUGUGGCCCUCAAUUGCCCCUCUCCAACCCCUCAUCUCUUCUUACCAUUCCUUCUUCUCCUCCUCUUUCCCUCUCCUCUCCCCCUCCCCGUCCUCUUCAAUCUCACCUGUCCCUCUCUCCCCCUCCGAAACCAUUGCGGCCGUCGAUCUCUUCCACAACACAAAACCCAUCUUCUCGAAAACCCUCACCUCCUCCACUCCUGACUCUCCAUGGUUUCUAAACUCCCCAUUUUCCAUUCAAGCCCUGGACUCGACAGACCCCCAGCCUGUAAUUGAAUUCUCCGGCCAUCUCUUCGGUGAGAUUUGCAGGGAUUUGGAGGACAGUCUUGGAUUGAGCUGGAUUUUGAUCGAUGGGGUGACGAAAAAAUCGGCGAAUUUAUCGAGCUGGAAGCCGUUGGUGGUUUCGCGACAGUGGUUCUCCGAGGGAGAAUUCAUUGCUCGAUUCGGCUGCGUCGUGUUGAGAGAUGGAGUGAAGGCUUCUCUCUGCUGUGUGGUGGUUAGAAUGGAGAGUUUUCUUGAGAGAGAGAAAGUGGGUGUUAAGGUUAAGGAAGUGAGCUUGCAGGUUGAAGAAAUGGGAGGGGGUUGCUUGAAUGGGAGGGAGGGGUUGGAGGUUUUGGGAGCUGCUUUGGGCAGUGAGAGGAAGUCAGGGUUCAAGGAAGUGAAGAGAGUGUAUGAGGAUUUUGUGAGGUUAGAGAGAGAAAUGAAGGAAAAGAAGGUGAGGACAGAGGUCAGGGUGGAUAUGGGAUGUGUCAUGAGUGGGAUUUUGGCCUUUGCUAUAUUCUGGGUUUUCCUUUUUUCCAGAUGAAUAAAUAAAUGGGUUUUUGUUUUUUGAGACUUUUUUUUUUGGUGUAGGUUUGGUAUGGGGAGGAGGAGAGAGAAAGUUAGUAAAGAGUGUGAUGAAGUUAGGUCUGUAAAAUAUUAUUACUUGAAACUUGGUGUUAGUGAUGCCAGUUGAAAAAUACAUAAUUGCUAAAGGAUUUUUGCCUUGA